CGCAAAUAGAAAGUCAUGCGAUGGGGACCAAUGUGCAACCUGUUGCCUUAUAUAAAUAAAUGGCUCAAUAACUCCUGUUUCAUUCAACUCGUGUGUCCCGGAGCAGCUGAGAAAAACAAAAACAAACGAAAUAAGAUGAGAUUUCUCGUCAUCACUCUCAUUUUACUCAUUCAAGCAUGCGGGCCGAUUUGGGCGCAGACGCAAACCCCAGAGCCAGAGCCUGAUUCUCCAGGAAUCCUCGAAAGACUGGUUGACCGUGCUCGUGCGGCUCAAGAGAAUGUCCAGAAUGCGAUGGAUUUGGUGAAAGGCAUUGCGGCUGUGUACUACGAUGAACACGUCCAGCCGGUGGUGGACAACUACAGCCAAUGGGCUGCUGGCAUCAGGACCUCGGCGAGGGAGAAGAUCCUCAACUACUUGCCGUUCGUUAGCUCAAAUACGACUGACAAAGCGUGGAAAAAAUGAUUCAUUUUACAACCCCAAUUCCAAUGAAGUUGGGACGUUGUGUUAAACAUAAAUAAAAACAGAAUACAAUGAUUUGCAAAUCAUGUUCGACCUAUAUUUAAUUGAAUACACUACAAAGGCAAGAUAUUUAAUGUUCAAACUGAUUAACUUUAUUGUUUUUAGCAAAUAAUCAUUAACUUAGAAUUUUAUGGCUGCAACACGUUCCAAAAAAGCUGGGACAGGGUCAUGUUUACCACUGUGUCACCUUUUCUUUUAACAACAUUCAAUAAACGUUUGGGAACUGAGGACACUAAUUGUUGAAGCUUUGUAGGUGGAAUUCUUUCCCAGCUUCAGCUGUUAUGUUUAACACAACGUCCCAACUUCAUUGGAAUUGGGGUUGUAGAAAGUACUUGCUGACUGCCUUUUUGUUCAUGCACAACAAUACGCACAGGCAUCAUUAAAGCAACAAUAUGUACAGUG